UGGCAGUACAAAGAUCCGAGGUGUACUUGAACAUCUCAUUUUCUGGGUCUCAGAGAAACAGACGGGAAAUCUCAGGACUGCGUCAACUGACAACAAAUACGGUAGGUCAGUAUGGAGACCCUCCCAGAGGCAGCAGCAGCAGCAGCGACUGACCCCCCGGCUCGCACCUUCUCUCAGGUGGUCUUCAUGGAUAUCCCGUACUCAUACCCGCCUUCCAGCCCCAUCACCUGCCGCUUUACUCUCAAUUCUGCCUUCCAGCCAAGUCCCAGGGACUGGGUGGGCAUCUUCAAGGUGGGGUGGAGCUCAACAAAGGACUAUCACACAUUUGUGUGGGUGGAGCCAGUCCAUGAUGCUCAACAGACAGAGAUGAGACGAGCUGUAUUUAAAGAGUACUACCUGCCUAAAGACGAGAUCGAGUUCUACCAGUUCUGCUACAUUGACAACAGCGGUCAGGUCCGAGGAGCCAGCACUCCUUUCUGUUUCAGAAAUCCAUCGGAGCAAAGCGCAGAGAGCAUCGCAGAUGACGACCUGCUGGUUAUCACGACUCAGGAGCAAGUUGAACAGAGUCAACGUGAGAAAGCCGAGCUGCAGAAGCAGCUGGAUCUGAUGACAGCAGAAAACAAAACCUUGAAAAGCGCUUUGCUGAAGGAUCAGAAGGAUAUCAGCAGCUCCAAGGAGCAGAGCGACCAGAGAGAGGCAGAAAUGGCUAAACUGAUCAAAGAAAUUGAUCAGGCGAAGGAGCACAAUGAAAAACUCAAGAACACACUGCAGCUGCAGAUGAAGGAGAACGACCGCCUGAAGGAGGAGAUGGCGAUUGAAAAGACCAAGCGGAUGGAGAUCCAGAAACAAAACUCCACAGAGCAGGAAAAGCUGAACUCUUUGUCAUCUAGAAGUAACGAGGAGAAAUAUGAUCGAGCAGUGAUGAAGAUCAAUCAGAUGAGAGAGGAGCGCGAGGAGCUGAAAGGGAAGCUGGAUGCACAAAGUGAUGAGAUUGCCAAGUUGAAAGCUAAACUCAGAGAAACAGACCGGGAGUUGUCGAACACAAUGGACAGCUUUCAGCUUCUGCAGGUUGAUCUUCAGAGCACCACCAAAGAGAAGGAGCGGAUCUCUCUAGAAUUGCAGAAGCUGCUAAGCGUCAAAAGCAACAUGGACGAAGUGAGAAGGGAGAACCAGGAACUGAACAGGAGGCUUUCACAGCAAGAUUUACUGCUGACGGCUCCAAAGGACGACCUCACGGCGCAGUGUCAGGCCCUCUCCAAGCAGCUGCAGGAUGCGCAGGCGAAGCUGCAGGCCGAGAGGGAGGCGACGAGGGCCGUCACCAGGCAGUGCGAGUUCACAGAAAACGAGCUGCGGGACGUCAAGGAGCAGCUGACGAGUUUGGCCAGAAACUGUGAGAUGGAGCAACGCCAAAGCAGCAAAUAUGAGAUGCAAGUCAAGGAGAUGAAUGCAAUGUUCGCAGAUAAGGACAUCGCCAUCGAAGAGAGGGAACAGGAGAUCAGGCUGGUCAAACAAGAGAGAGAUGAGCUCAGCAGAGAAGUCCAGACUCUCAAAGGCGAGAUCGAGAGGCUUCGCUCACAUUACGCAAGCAUCACCUCACCUGUGGCUGAAGAGACGCCCUACUUGCAGCCAGACCCCAUCGUACCAGGCAGCGACGUUCCUGCCAGUCGUAACCAGCAGGACGUCCUGGGCCAGCAGGGCCACGUAUACCACACCAUAGAUAGCUUGGUGGUCGACCCAGUCGAGGAGCCGGCGCUGGUGUGUAGUCACUGCCGGGAGAGCUUCCCCGGCAUAACCCAGCUGGAGCUGGAGCAGCAUGAGCAGAGCCACCGGGUGUGUCCGUUCUGCACGAUGAUCUGCGACUUCAUGGAGCAGUCCAUAUUCGAAGACCACGUCUACGGCCACGAGCUGUGAGACGAGCCGCGUCGUCGUUUCGGAUGGGUCUCGUUGGUUGACAAAAAAAAAAAAAAAAAACAGAGGGAAAAAAAAACUGACAUUAGUAUAAGCUUGUCAUUUUAGUCGAGACCUGAAACCUGCUAGAAUGAUGAGCCGUCACGUCCACGUGCGGAGAGCUAAACGUCUUGAAAUCAUAUCCCAUUUAUUUCUGCUUAUUUUUUUCCAAGUGAUUUAAUUCAAUGAAAAAAACUGUAUUGCGUAUAAUAAACACGUAGAAAAUGCCUUAUAAAUGAUAAUAUUAGUAAAUAUCGGGAUAGAAUAAUUAAUUUCUAAUCAUAGAUGAGUGACCGUUAAUGACUGAAAUGAUUGAAAACCAAAAUGACAACCCAGCAGGAUUGGUCAGAUUUAAGUUUGAUCAGCAGAAAGUCUGGGCUGUUGGAUCCUUCAGGAACUGCCUGAUGUAUAGAUGUUCAGUUGAUUCAUUGACUUACCCGUCACUUAUCUGUGUAAGUGGCAAAUUAGUCCUUUUCCUUCUGAGAAAUUAACUGUUCUCAUCGAUAUCUGUUUAUUAAAUCUUUCAAUUUGGCAUCAUUAAUCAUCCAUGUUCCGUAUUUGCAGGCUAACACUGAGCAGGCUGUGUAUGCAGGACAGAGGUGGAUUAUUUUGUGUUUGGGAGUUCUGAUUUAAUAUUUGAAAA